AUGGGGAAGAAGAAAGUUAAUCAGAAGGCCGUCUGGGUGAUACAAAAUGUCUCCUCUUUGCAAUCUGAGGAAAUUUUUACUGAUCCAUUUGUAAUUGGUGGCUGCAAAUGGAAACUUCUAGCAUCCUGUCUCAAGAAAUAUGACGUCGAAUACCUGUCUCUUUCUCUGGGGCAUGUUGCUGAUUGUGAAUCAUUGACGUUUGAGUGGAGAAGAAAAGCCUAUUUCUGCAUUACAGUAGUAAACCAACUUUCGAAAAAACUCUCAGUAUGGGAAGAAACAAAGCAUUGGUUUGAUGGGAUUCCUCCUCGCUACUAUUGGGGUUUUACAUCCAUGAUACCCCUUACUGAACUUCUCGCAGAGAACAGCGGGUUUGUGGUAAAUGGAGAACUCAUGAUUGUAGCUGAAAUAAAGGUCUUAUCUGUUAUUGGCGGAUUAGAUGUAACAGGGGAAUCCGAAAAGGCAUCCAAAUUGCUGACCAAGACGAAAGAAAGCUUGGAUGUCACUGCGUUUCAAAUUCUUCCUUCACAGGUAGGCUUGGGCCGGAUCCGGAUAUCCGGCCUUUUUUAG